AUCCUUUGUGUUACAAACAAUCCAAUUACACUUUUAGUUGUUUUAAAAUGUACAAUUGGCCAGGUGCAGUGGCUCACACCUGUAAUCCCAGCACUUUGGGAAGCUGAGGUGGGCGGAUCACGAGGUCAGGAGUUCGAGACCAUCCUGGCCAACAUGGUGAAACCUCAUCUCUACUAAAAACACAAAAAUUAGCUGGGCAUGGUGACGGGUGCCUGCAGUCCCAGCUACUUGGGAGGCUGAGGUAGGAGAAUUGCUUGAACUGGGAGACAGGGGUUGCAGUGAGCUGAGAUCACGACACUGCAUUCCAGCCUGAGCAACAGAGUAAGGCUCAGUCACAGAAAAAAAAAAAAAAAAUUGUUGAUUUGCUGUUUCUUCAGUUUAUCCUGGCUUUAUGAUUGCAAGCAUUUUUUUUUUUAACCCCACUGGAUUUUUUUUUUAAGUUCAGGUUUUAUUGUGUUCCCCAGGCUGGUCUCAGAAUUCCUGGGCUCAAACAAUCCUCCCGCCUCAGCCUCCCUAGGUGCUGAAACUGCAGGUGCAUACUCCAUGCCCUGCUUUAUCCCCACUGAAUUUUAUAAGCUGCUUCCAACUGCAAAGCGUGUGGCAGAAGAGAGGAACAUGGCUAAAUGCACGGUAGGACUAUCUUGUUCCCUGGGACAGGAAAUCAGUUCAUUCCUGGAAGGGUAUGUAAAGAGCCUGUUUGCCUGGCCUAGGAAAAGCCAGAAUUCAGGGAGAGAAAGUGAUUUGCUCAAGGUAUGCAGCUUGCAUUACAAAGGAGAGAACUUACCUUCUGACUCCAGCCCAGGACAUUUUCUACUAAAUUCUGUUGUCCCUCAGGAUUUCCCUUCCCCCGUUGGGGGAGCAUUUGGGUGGAACACAUACCUAAAUCUGUUAGGAGUUACCCUAUGGCAGAGACUGUGAGAUUUCCUACCAGUAACUAAAUGGAAGGGUGGAACCUUAAACACAACGGGUCUGUGAGGGAAUCCAAAACUUCCCCUCUGGAAAAAGCAGCCUCUUCUGGGACAAACUGGAGGGCAGUCUUAGGAAAACACCCAAGAAAAAUUAUCCUGAGGUCUAUCUUGGAGUAUCCUCCUGAAAAACCCAGGUACGCCCGGGGCAGUUAUCUUUCUGAGCGGUUUCUUCUAACAUUCCUAGAGCGGAAAGCAAUUAACUCAAAGCCCUCUAGGAUUCUGCAGGCUGGGAUGAGCUGGUGUCAGGUAGCACCUGGUCUCCAGCAGUUUAAGAAAUCCAGGCAGGCUCCCUGCAGACUUGCCUUCUCCAGUCUCAGGGCAGGCCUUUGGGGGCGGAACUGAAGGCAAACAGACCUUCCCACUUUCACAUUCCAGCCUUUGUUUUUCCACUUAAAACACUUUGGUUAAACUGCGUUUACCUUAAACAGGCUUACUGGGUUCACUGCAGGACGCCUCUAGGCAAUCUCAUCCUCCUGGGAACCGAGGGAGUUCAAAGUUCCACAAACAAUGUGCCUUUUAAAAGACUUUACCCAGCUGUGAUAAAAUCAAGCCCUGGAAAGACUUUGGCCCGAUAGCCAGUCAGUUGCCAUGCCCAUAGCAUACGCAGCCAAUUGGGAGUACGAAGUGUGACAGUGGAAAAAGACAGGGUUAGGCAAUUUUUUAAAACACUACAUAUUUAUUGACAGAAUCUCUCUCCAGGCAGUAUUCACAGGCUUCAGACUGAAGCUCUUAGCUUGGCAGUGCAGUUUAAGCAAACAAACUCAGGCUGUUGAACACAAUGAUUAACAGGAAGCAGGGGAGGGGACACAGUCACUAGACUUUGGCCGGGAGAAGAGGCUGGGUUAAGGUCUGAGAGCUGAUGACUUGCAGAAUGGUCACCUCACCCACUGUGACUUCACCGUGGGGACAGGUGGACCUCCAGGAAUCAGACUCUCCCUGAGGCCAUUUGUUUUUGUGUAGACACAGGUUGCAGCUUAGCAGGUGAACAGGCCAGCCAAAUGCAGAGGAGCCACUUCAGAAAUGUGUCAAAGGAAAGUGAAAAUGCAACCUAGCGGUAAACGAAGAGGGGAGGAAGAAAGAAAAGGGACAAAAAGCGUGAACUGAAGGGACCGGGAACAGCCAGACCAGAGCUUCAGCCAUCAAGAGGUUGAUUUUGGAACCUGGAGAACAUGUAAGUUCAAUAUAUCGACACUCUGAUCCUAUCUCAAGAGAGAAACAUUUUACUCACUUCCUGGUUGUGAAUGAUGGGCUCUUGGAAGCACUGUCUUUUUAGCAUGUCUCUUAUUUCUGCCCUGAUUUUUGUACUUGUUUACAAUACUGAGUUAUGGGAGACUAAACAUUUUCUGAGGGCAGCUCUGACCAAUGCUUCACUGUUAGCAGAAGUCUGUCAUCAGAUUUUUGAGGGGAAAGUUUUUUACCCAACAGAAAAUGCAUUAAAAACUAUCCUUAAUGAAGCUACCUGCUAUGAAUAUAUGGUUCGAAGCCACUAUGUCACAGAAACACUCUCUGAAGAAGAGGCUGGGUUCCCUUUGGCUUACACAGUGACCAUUCACAAAGACUUUGGCACUUUUGAGAGGCUCUUCAGGGCGAUUUAUAUGCCCCAGAACGUCUACUGUGUACACCUGGAUCAGAAGGCGACGGCUGCCUUUAAAGAAGCCGUGAAACAGUUACUCAGCUGCUUCCCAAAUGCUUUUCUGGCUUCCAAGAUGGAGCAGGUCGUCUAUGGGGGUAUCUCCAGGCUCCGGGCUGAUCUGCACUGCCUGGAAGACCUUGUGGCUUCUGAGGUUCCCUGGAAGUACGUCAUCAACACCUGCGGGCAAGACUUUCCCCUGAAAACCAACAGGGAAAUAGUUCAGUAUCUGAAGGGAUUUAAAGGGAAAAAUAUCACUCCUGGGGUCCUGCCUCCUGAGCAUGCAAUUGGACGGACUAAGUACGUCCACCAAGAACUGUUAGACCACAAACAUUCCUAUGUCAUUAAAACCACAAAAUUAAAAACUCCUCCUCCUCACGACAUGGUCAUUUACUUUGGCACAGCCUACGUGGCUCUCACAAGGGACUUUGCUAACUUUGUUCUCCAAGACCAGCUCGCACUUGACUUACUCUCCUGGUCCAAGGACACCUACAGCCCCGACGAACAUUUCUGGGUGACGCUUAACAGGAUUCCCGGUAUUCCUGGCUCUAUGCCAAAUGCAUCCUGGACUGGAAACCUCAGAGCUAUAAAAUGGAAUGACAUGGAAGACAAACAUGGAGGCUGCCACGGCCACUAUGUACAUGGUAUUUGUAUCUAUGGAAACGGAGACUUAAAGUGGCUGGUUAAUUCACCAAGCCUGUUUGCUAACAAGUUUGAGCUUAAUACCUACCCCCUGACUGUGGAAUGCCUAGAACUGAGGCAUCGUGAAAGCACCCUCAAUCAGAGUGAAACUGCCAUACAACCCAGCUGGUAUUUUUGAGCUAUGGUAACUCCUAACUGAAGGGAAAUUGCAGCUGGGAAGAGGAGCCCGUCUUUGGGAGAGACUUUUGCCUUCCUAAUGAUAAUGGUUUCAGGACCACAUUUAUAGCUUCAGGACCUGGCACAUAAUUAUACUUAAAUUGUCCACUGGACAGACCAGGUAUAGUGGCUCAUGCCUGUAAUCCCAGCACUUUGGGAGGCCGAGGCGGGUUGAUCACAUGAGAUCGGCAGUUCAAGACCAGCCUGACCAACGUGGAGAAACCCCGUCUCUACUAAAAAUACAAAAAAAUUAGCCAGGUGCAGUGGUGGGCACCUGUAAUCCCAGCUACUCAGGAGGCUGAGGCAGGAGAAUCGCUUGAACCUGAGAGGCAGAGGUUACAGUGAGCUGAGAUCGCAUCAUUGCACUCCAGCUUGGGCAACAAAAGAGAAACUCUGUCUCAAAAAAAAAAAAAAAAAAUCCACUGGACACUGCGAAAUACACUAACAGGAUGGCUGGGUAGAGCAAUCUGGGCACUUUGGCCAGUUUUAGUCUUGCUGUUUCUUAAUGUUCUCCUCUAUAUUAGCUUAUUAUUAUGAUCAACAAUAAAUUUAAAUGAUAUCCAAUCUUUGUACCAGAUACUCGUCAUAUACAAAGUUUUAAUGAAAAAGAGAACUGUAGAUAAUACUGUCUAAAAAAUAAGAAUUAGGUUUCUUUGAAGAAGGAAUCUUUUAUAAACACAUUAACAGUCACCACUCUGCUCAACCAGACAGGUAUUGAAACAGCUGUCUGGGUAAUUCACCAAUUUCCUUGAAAACAUAAGCUACUUGAAUGGAGAAUUGAUUUUGUUUCCAAGUUUCAACACUAGCAUUUUUGGUUUACUCAUGGCUAAAGUUCUGUAUAUAGCAUAAAGUCAUUAAGAAGAAACAGGAUGUGCUUUAAGACGGAAUUCACUGUCUGUUGCUGCGGUAAAAGGACCUCGGGGAAUAGAACAUUUCUCUCUCAUAUGCUGGAAUGAAGGCUGGUCCCUAUGUCAUGUUUUCCAUUGAGAACACUGAAAAGUCCUUGCAAGAAUGAAGAUAAGCAUUCAAGAGAGGUGCUAUCGCAUAAAUCUGUCUGAAGUUUGGAACACUUUCCUCUUCUGUGACCCACCCUCCCCAGUAUUAUCUUACUUGCAAAAUAGAGACCAAAUUCUAUCCUGUGAGGCUUUUAAUUGCACCAUGGUAUUCUCUGAGUAGCUUUACAAUGCCUGGUACUGAUAGGAGGGGCUCGAUUUUUAAGAGCCUUCAGGUGUAAAUGAGCAUCUCUUUUUAUUUAUCCCUCAUUUAUUCAUCCACUCAUUCAUUCAUUCAGCCUGCAUUCAAUAAAGAUUUCUUGGAUGUCUAUUAUGUACAGGACAUGUACUGAGACCAAAAGGAAAAAUAAGAGCUUUUUCCACUCUAAAAACCUUGGCAAUAAUGUCAACACCAGAAAGCCUCAUCUAGAGAAUCUUAGAGUGGUUGUAUUUUAAUACAGGCAUGCACAGGUCUGUGUAGCAUGAUACCAGGCCCAGGAGAUCAGUAAUUACAAAUUAGGGGUUAAAUCAGAGUUUAAUCAACAGAGAGAGAGAAAGGAGGAGACAGAGCGAGGGCCCGUUGUGUUCCAGGCAUUCUGGUAGUCCUUUAUGUAUUGAAUUUCAUUCAAACCUCACAAUGGUCUUGUGAGGCCCUCAUAUAAUUGUUCCCGUUUUGCAGAUGAAGUAACUGAGGACUAGAAAGGCUAACAGCAACAGGGAAUAAUUUCUCUGUGAGAAUUAGGACUCUGUUAACUGGUGUCCUGAUUUCAUUUCCUGAGGUGGAUUUACUAAGAGAAGGUGAAAUAAAGCCAUAUUUAGGAUACCAGAGAAGGUAGAUUUUAAGAAUGGUCUCAGUGUUAAUAAUGAGAAAAAGUCCUGUCAGCUCAGAAAAAAUGUGAAGUCUGCUUUACUAUUCCUGUAACCCAUUGCGUUUCUCAGUAUUUAUUUAUUCUAACAAAAAGCAAUUACUACAAUGGAUGAUACAUUUAAUGAACACAAUUUUCUAUAACUGUACUUGUUGAAUGUUAAUCAUAUUGAAAGGGAAUGACUUUGAAGUAAAACCUUUUUUUCUUGCUACUGAAAAAAAAAUGGCAUUGUUUUGGGUGGUAAAGUGUUAAGGAGUAGAGAAGGCUGGUCACACCAGCAACUAUCGAAGGCCACAUGUGAAAACCUGUCACUUGCAGAGACGCCAGCCCCCCUAAGGUGACCAGAGUGGGCUCGAAGCACACAUUGUCAUUGCUGUAGAUGAGGCUGUGUUAUCCCCCCCCCCACCCAUGAAAUUCAUAUGUUGGAUCCUUAACUCUUAGAGUGAUGGUAUUUGAGAUGCGGCCUUUGGUAAGGGAAGUUUAGAUAAGGUCACAAGGGUGUGGUCCUCCUGAUGAGAUGAGUGCCCUUUUAAGAGCUCUGGCUUGGGCCGGGCGUGCUGGCUCAUGCCUUGUAAUCCCAGCAUUUUGGGAGGCUGAGGCGAGGGGAUCACUUGAUGCCAGGAAUUCCAGACCAGCCUGGCCGACAUGGUGAAACCCUGUCUCUACUAAAAAAUACAAAAAUUAGCUGGGCGUGGUGGCACCUACCUGUAAGCCCAGCUAUUCGGGAGGCUGAGGCACGAGAAUCUCCUGAACCCAGGAGGCGGCGGUUGCAGUGAGCUGAGAUCACCCCACUGAACUCCAGCCCAAGUGACAGAGCAAGACUUCGCCUCAAAACAAAACAGGUGAAGGGGUAAGGAAUGCACCCAGGGUCCGUAGUGAGGUCUAAAAAUGGUCUCUUUUCAACCUAUUUAAAUGACAGCACCUGAGAAGAAAUGUUUUACACGGGAUAUCUCUCAUGUAGAACGAGAACUCUUUCUGGAAUAGAUGUUUACAUGUCCGUCUCUCCUAUGUCUUAAAUACCUUAAUGCUGGAAAAGCAUGGUGUGGGCUAGUGGAUCUCAGACAGCCCACGGGAAUGUCCUGAAACUACUGUAUCUGAUGAUUGUUUUCGAUGAGAUUCCAUGUUUUGUUUUCUUGGGAAUAAAUUAAUAUAUUGUUUUCCA